AUGCUAACUGUGCAUAAUGUAGCAAGUGACCAGCUAAAACAAGUGGUUGUUUUAGGAAGGCAUAACAUAAGAACUCCUCUAGCAAAUUUAAAAAUGUAUACCUCAAAAGAGCAGCUCAAAUGGAGUCAAGAGAAUGGCUUUUUAACCACUAAAGGCGCUUUGUUAGAGGAGUAUUUGGGUGAAUACUUUUCUGAUUAUUUGAGAAAAGAAGAGUUGCUAACGAAUGAAUGUCCAAACGAUUCUUUAGUUCACGUAUAUGCUAAUAUUUAUCAAAGAACAAGAAAGACAGCUGAGCACUUUAUUAGAAGUGCCUUUAAACAGUGUAAUAUAACAAUUAAUGUUAAACCUAACAUUACAAGUGAUCCAGUUUUCUAUCUUGUUAUACUAAAUGAUACGGAGAGUUUUCAAACUAUAGCGCGUAAAGAAAUGCAAGAAAAAUUGGACGAAAUGGAUCUUAAAGACGCUUACAUGAGAUUGAACACGAUCCUGGAUAUCAAAACCUCGUAUUUAUGCAAAGUUAAUAGCUUAUGUGAUUUGACAAAAGAAAAUGAUAAUAUCACCUUGAUAUAUGGGGAUGAACCUAAUGUUAUAGGACCUUUAAAAAUUGGGAAUGAGAUCACUGAUGCACUACUAAUGGCUUAUUAUGACGGAGAAAACUUGUCGAAGAUUGGGUGGGGACAAAUACAGCCGGAAGACUGGAAACUACUGGCAAAGUUGACAAAGAAGCAUUUAAUGGUACGCUUUGGUUGUACACAUGUAGCAAAACAUAUAGCAAAACCAUUAUUAAACUACAUUAAACAAGUAUUCUUGGAGGAAAAACAUAAAUUCACCUUGUUAGUUGGACACGAUUCCUGUAUUAAUUCUGUUUUAACUUCUAUAGGUGUUGAACCAUAUGAUUUAGCUGGUCAAAACGAAUAUACUCCUAUAGGAGGUAAAGUUGUAUUCGAAAAGUGGUACGACGACGUUGACUAUUAUCUGAAAAUAAAAUACGUUUAUUUAUCAACGGAACAGAUAAGACAUGGAGCCAGAAUAUCAGAGGAUAAUCCAGUACAUAAAGUUUAUUUGAAAUUGAGAGAUGUUGAGGCCUUCACCAGCGCUAAGAUACUUUCAGAUCUCGAGCCCACUGGCAUCUGUCGCAGUGACUGUAAGAUACCUGACGGUAUGACUAUCGAACCAUGGAAGCCAGGGAGACAGCAAGUGUGGGACGCAACCUGUGUGGACACUGUAGCCCCCGCCCAUGUCCUUGCAAGCGUGGGCGGCGCAGGCCUUGUGGCCAGAGCGGCCGAGUACCGCAAAAAGCUCAAAUACGCCAACCUUGCUCAAAGAAUGUCGUCCAUGAUAAGGACUCAGAAUGUCACCAAUGAAGAAGUUCUGCGACUCGUUGGACAGAAGCGUAAACUUUUGCAGAUCAUCAAACAGAUAAAAGUUGCAUAUUUGGGUCGUGUACUUAGACGUGACAAAUACGAGCUUCUGCAACUAAUAAUUAUGGGAAAAGUUGCUGGUAAAAGGAAAGCUGGUCGCAGGAAAAAUUUUGGCUGA